AUGGCACUCACUAUAGAUCACCCAACGCGCAAACUUUCAUGCAGCACGCCUCAUUUGCUUCCCUUCCAUAUCGAUUACACAGGUCCGGCCAACAUCAGCACGUAUUUCCGCAUUCGAGAGGCUGGGGCUACCGUCGGCACAUCUCAAUCACUCAUAGACAAAUCUACCACCAUCGUCGCUUCGGAAUCGCAGACGGAUGGCAUCGAUACGUCUACAGCUGCGUCCGCCGUUACACUGGUUGAUAGCGACUCACAACCCCCUGCACCCUCCACCUCAACAACGCCUCCUUCCGACACCCCACUAGCCCAGCCCCCGAAUGCCGCAGACACCACGAAGCUGCUCGCGGCGUUCCGCGGGCGCCACCUCGUCGGAAAGCGGGUUACGCUACCGGAAGGUUAUGCAGGGCUGAUCCUGCGCACGCCAGAGAAAAGCUUGGGCAAGUCAACCUCCACCGCUCCCACUUCCUCUAAAGGUCGCGCCGCGGCGGAGAAAGAAGUCCGAGAGUCGCGAGGCGGCAGGCCGUCACGGCGCGGAAAGUCAAAGCACUUUCCGGUGGAGGUCGAAGAUGACGAUAUGGAUGGACAUGACGCGACUGGGUCGCUCGAAGAAGGAGCCGAGGAUGUCGAUGAUGAGCAAGACGUGCGGCGAUUGGAGCCCACCGCUAGAUUCGACUCGUUCGUGUUAUGGAACCCCGAUCUCCCACCAGAUGGCGGGCGCGAUGAGUAUCUUCGGACGCUGAGCGAGUGGGUCAGCCUUGCGCGCGAGGUGAGUGGGUUUCUCUGUCUUGAGGGCGAGUCAGAAUGGCCGGGGCGUUGCUGCAGCGAGUUUUUAUUUUUAUCCUUGGCUUGGCGUCGCUGUCGUGUUGAUCGUUCCAAGGACUUUGCCGCUUGA